AUCUCUUCUGUCGUGGCACCUGCACGAGCUGCAGCUGAAGGCUCGGGAGAAGGCUCCAGUGCCCAGGCUGGAAGCUCAAGCACGAGCAGCUCGUGCACCUGGAGCACGACCAGCUCGUCUGGCAGCAGAGAGCAGCAGCGAGAGAGGACAGAGGACAAGUACCUGGCCAUGCUGAAGAUGCUGGUGAGCGAGGGAGAUCCUGAGGCUAAAUACACAGAACUGGAGACUAUUGGCAAAGGGGGUUUCGGCACUGUGUGCAUGGCAGUGGAGACUGCCACAGGAGAAGAGGUGGCCAUCAAGAAAAUUAGUCUCCUGCAAGAGAGCAGCAGCGAGCUGUGCCUGAAUGAAAUCCAGGUCAUGUGUGGCACUAAGAAUGCCAACCUUGUGAACUAUGUAGACAGCUACCUGGUGGAUGAGGAACUCUGGCUGGUGAUGGAAUACAUGGACGGAGGUUCUUUACACGAUGUUAUUAGGGAGACUCACAUGGCAGAAGGAGAGAUAGCAGCUGUCUCUCGGGAGUGCCUGCAAGGCCUGGAUUUCCUGCACUCCAAGCAAGUGAUCCACCGAGAUAUCAAAAGCCACAACAUUCUCCUGGGCUUGGAUGGAUCAGUCAAGUUGGCUGAUUUUGGCCUUGCUACUCAGCUUACUGCUGAGCAGAACAAACGGAGAUCAGCUGUUGGGACUACUUACUGGAUGGCGCCAGAAAUUUUCACCAGGAAGCCCUACGGCCCCAAAGUGGACAUCUGGUCCUUUGGCAUCGUGGGGAUCGAGAUGGUGGAAGGAGCGCCUCCGUACCUGAUGAAAACCUCCCGCACGGUUCAACAGCUGAUAAGCACCGGCCCCCCCCUGAAGCUGCAGAAGCCCAGGCAGCAGUCGGCGUGGCUGCGAGACUUUCUGCACUGCUGCCUGGAGAGGGACGAGGACAGGCGCUGGUCUGCCCAGGAACUUCUGCAGCAUCCGUUUGUAACAUCAGCCAAGCCAGCCUCCUCCCUGACACCUCUGAUCAUGGCCACGCAGCAGUUCAUGGCCAACAGGAGAUACUAGCCCUGGAAGAGGCCUUUGUUGUUGUUUGUUGUUUGAAGUUUGUAGUUUGUAGUUUAUAGCUCGUAGUUUGUAGUUUGUUAUGAGUGAU